UUUGGUGCUCAUGGAUUACUAAAAGGGCCUACUGGACACAGGCCCAGGGGUCCAAAGUGUUACACUCCCCCCAGGCCUCUACCUGCAAGAUGUCACUUACAUUAAUAUGUACCAACAAGGAAGAGACUGAAAAUGACCACAAAGAGGCACAAAAAAGUCCACAAAGAGAUGCAAAAAAAAUGCAAAGAGACACAAAUUACUACAGAGAGAUACAAAACUUCUACAAGGGCACACAAAAUAACCACAGAGACAUAAAACCACAAGAAAGUGCAUGAUGACAAAGACAUACAAAACAACAACAAAAACAGAGGCAAACCCAAAACAAAGUCUGUGUGUCUUGGUUCUUUGUCAAAGAGGUGGUGGGGCCUUUUGCAUAUCUGUGCCCAGGGGCCCACUCUCUAAGAAGCCAUGCAUGUCUGUGACGAAAGACAUUGUGGUGAAAUGUUCCAGGCCCCAACAGCACGGUAGUUUUAUUUUCUCUUAUUCUGCAUGAUAAAAAGUGUUUGAAUAUUUCUGUUUAGUUUCAGUCAAAGUCUCUAUAACUGCUUUCUAACUGUGGGCAUAUUAGUUGUCUUGUGAUAAAAACAUUAAAAGUUUCCAAAUUAAAAAAAAAAGGCAGAUUAAGAAAAUGUUAUUUGAACAUCUGCUGAGUGCAAAGGCCCCAUGUUGGGAGCCACAGGCUAUGAUAUAGGGGCCACCUUGUGGUAAAACAUAGUGCUGUCCACUUACAGAUUAACAGUCACGGCAGGGCUCAAAUGAACAAGCUACAUUUGAGGCAAAGAAAAAAUCCAAACAUCACAGUGGAUUAUGACCAUUUCGGAAGUGUUUUUCUGUGAUAAUAAAUAGGGACGUCUCUGCGCAGCCUAUCGGAUUCCGGGAUGCAAUACGCAUCCAAAUGAAAAGAACGCCAGUCCUUUCGCUAAUCCUUGUCUAUCCUUUUUAUCUCGGGACUCAUAGCAGUCGGAUCACUAUGGGACAGCGAAGCGGUGGGACAAAGCCAUGCGGAUGAUAUUCCUGUAAAUGAAAGGAAAAAGCAAGUCUGUUUGACUUCAGUGGGCGCAAACUGGGCGCAUGUAGGCAAAGCUGCGUAUGCGUAAAAGUGGGCCAAAAUGUUCCUCGUCCUGCUCCUGGGGCUCUACGUGGCCACAGGUGAGCUCCUCUCCCCAGUGAGCUCCUGCCCGUCGCAGUGCAGCUGUUUUUACCACAACCUGAGUGAUGGAUCAAAGGCCAGAAGCGUGAUUUGCAACGAUCCCGAGAUAUCCCUCGUGCCUGUCGGGUUUCCUGUUGACACGUCCAAGCUGCGGAUUGAGAAGACUGCCAUCCAGCAGAUACCAAGCGAAGCCUUCAACUACCUCUCCAGUCUGGAAUUCCUGUGGAUGUCUUUCAACACGCUGUCCGCCUUGAGUCCGGACAGUUUCCGGGGACUGCUCAACCUGGAAGAGCUUCGUCUAGACGGGAAUGCCCUCACCGCCUUUCCCUGGGAAUGUCUCAUGGAUAUGCCCAGUCUCAGACUUCUCGAUUUGCACAACAACCAGCUCACCUCGCUGCCAGCGGAGGCCACCUCUUACAUCAAGAACCUCACCUACCUGGAUCUGUCCAGCAACAGUCUGCUGACGCUGCCGGAAGAGGUGCUGUCCACCUGGCUGGCGGCAAAACCUGUGCAAGGGCCAGAGAGCUCCAAAAUGAUACUUGGUCUCCACGACAACCCCUGGGUGUGUGACUGUCGGCUCUACGACCUGGUCCAGUUCCAGAAGUCCCCGACUCUUUCGGUGGCAUUCAUUGACACAAGGCUCAGGUGUUCAGCUCCAGAGAGUGUAUCAGGGGUCUUGUUCAGUGAUGCAGAGCUGCGGCGUUGUCAGCUCCCACGUAUCCACACAGCUGUGGCACGAGUCCGGAGUGCUGUUGGGAACAAUGUGCUGCUCCGCUGUGGGACCAUUGGAGUCCCCAUCCCAGACCUGUCGUGGCGCAAGGCGGAUGGGCGACUCCUUAAUGGAACAGUCCAGCAGGAAACCUCAAAGGAAGGAAUCACCUGGUCAGUCCUCAGUGUCCCAGCUGUGUCCUAUCGGGAUUCAGGGAAAUACAUCUGCAAGGCCACUAACUACGCAGGGAACGCUGAAGCUGUCAUUUCUCUCGUUGUCUCUAACUCGCCAAAACAAGAGGGGAACCAAACCAGCAACGACAAGAAAGCCAAAGUCAAGAAACCCAACCAGAUGGGCAAAGCUGCCUACCAGGAGAAACUGGUAGCUAGAUAUGUGGUCCCAACCUCCCCCCCUUCAUCCCUGCCUGCCCUGGAUCCAGGCCUUCCACCUGGUCUUGGUCCUGAUCCUGGACUAGCCAGUUACAGCCUGGUUGACAGAGCCACCCCUGGGCCUGCCACCUCCUCCAACCCAGAUGCACUGCUGGAUCUGGAGAAGACUAAUCUAAGCAACCUGGCGGCCAACACGUCGUCACUGCAGCAGGACCCGGACAGGGUGGUCCGCUCUGUAAAGGUGGUGGGGGAUACAGACAAUACAAUUUCUUUGAACUGGAGAGCCCCUAAGGCCAAGAACACAACAGCAUUUAGUGUGCUGUAUGCUGUGUUUGGAGAGAGGGACAUGAGGAAGAUCAAUGUUGGGGCGGGACAGAACCGUGUCACCAUCGAGGGGCUGGUGCCCAGGACCAAGUAUAUUGCCUGUGUGUGUGUGAGGGGGCUGAUCCCCAAGAAAGAGCAGUGUGUCAUAUUUUCCACCGAUGAAGCAGCCAGUGCCACUGGGACCCAGCGGCUAAUUAACGUGAUUGUGAUCACAGUGGCCUGUAUCAUCGCAGUCCCACUCACUGUCAUCGUGUGCUGUGGGGCUCUGAAGAGACGCAUUCAGAAGUACUGGGGAAAGAAAUCCAAGGACAUCCAAGAUUCAUAUGUGACCUUUGAGACACUGUCGCCUGGCACAAAGGCCAAAGGGCUCGAGGGCGAGUAUUUGAACAGGCUGAACCCAGAGGAGUCCAAUAGGCUGCUGUCAGCCCGCUCCAGCCUGGACUCUGAGGCCACAGCUAAGAUAGAGGGACAGCCUAACGAGUACUUCUGCUGACGUCAUGCUCCAGCUCCGGCUCCUGCUCCACGCCAUCUUCCCCGCGCUCACCCGCAUCCACGUCCCAGUCCGACCCCUAAUACCCAUUCACAUCCUCAUCACCACCCCCAUCCCCACGUCCACCCACAUCCAUAUCCCCAUCACUACCCGUAUUCUCACCCUCAGCAACAUCCUGACGUCAGUCCCCCUCCCACGUGCUUCCGAACGCCCACACCAUGGGAUUCCCCCCCACCUGUCCCUCCUCGCUGGAUCACGCCACCAACUCCACCGCCACAGAGAUCCAACUUCUAUCAAAGGACUUUUGCACGCUGCACUAUAAUGGAAAUAUCAGUUUAGAGGAAUAUUUGACAUUAAUUAACUUGUUUAUUUUUCCAGAUAUUUGUGGAAUAUUUCAUGUUUCUUACAGAUAGAGUGAAGCUCACUGGACUGUCAUACACGUGUCCAUGCGCUGAUUGUAUGGCAACAUUCAAACACACUCACACUCUCAUGUCCAAAAGAAUGUUUUUAUCACAAAGCCUGUAAGAGAAAACAUGUCAAAAGCUGAAAGAGCACAACAAUAACAAUUGAAAAUUAUAUUUCAUCUCACUUGCACUGCCCAGCGAAGAAACCUCUGCAACGUGAUCUGACUUAAAGGGAACUCAACGGUCGACACUCCAUUGUUUAUAUCAUAUAUGUAUGUGUAUGAUUUGUAUAUACUUUAAUGGAUGAUGUACACUUACAUAUACAGUUAAGUCUGUGCCUCUGUAUAUAUCUGUCAUAUGUUCUCAGAGAAGAUAUACACAUAGGCAUGGUUCAACACUCUGGUGUAUGGAGAAAAGCUGGAGCUGGAGAGAAGUACAGAAAGGACUGAACUAUGACACAAUGUAAAUAGAGUGGAAAUGAUGCAAAAUGAAAUGUUAAACAAUUUUUAUUCCCAGCGAUGAGACACAUACUGAAAUAUCUUUAUGUUCCUGUUUCGUGCCACCUAGAGGCAUCAUUACCCCGUUAAAUGUAGAUCUAUUCAUUCUAAUGAUAUUAUUUGAAUAUAGUUGAAUAAACUUUUAUACAUAUCCAGGUAGCGGUACUGUGUGUUCUUAUAUCUCCAUUUCCCUCUCACCAUGUUGAUCAGUUGACAAAGGGGGUUUCAGAAAUGAUUUGAAAAGGGUGACAUGGAUUUCUUUAUUUUAUUAAUGUGGCUGGUUUGAUGGUUGAUCAAACUUAUUUACAGGAAUGAGGUCUGAAUCAGCCAACACUUGACCAUUCGUGUCUGUCUCAGGUGGUCUAACACUCUGUGAUAAGUCACUCCUCAUAAAAGGUUUGCAAGUUGUAAUGGAUUUAUACAUGUUAUA